AUGGAAACGAAGAAGCGACCGAUCAACAACCCUCUAGUGUUUUCGUCGAUAGUUUUAUCUUUUGCUGCCUGUUUCGUGGCAUUGAUUCACGUCGAGAUCGAGCUUCACGCUCAUCGGAAAAUGCUUCAAGUCUUGACUCAACAGAGAGAAGAAAGUAUCCACUCACGAGGCAUUGUGAACGAUGGAUCGAUUGCCUCCGCGCUGUGUAGUGACACUGGUAAAGGUGAGUGCUUUGGUUUAGUGGUUCGAUUCUCGCAGGCUUAGAGUUCGAACUGUUGCUUCACAAUGGACCUUUUUGUCAAAACUUUAAGCAUUGCGCAACAACGCCCUCAAUAGUAAGAUUAUGUUUUAGUAAAAGUAAAAAGGAACUAAUUUUUUAAUUGAAUGUAAUACUGAUCAGAAACGAUAUUUUGGCGUAUCGGUUUCAACUGCUUUGUACAAGUCGGGAAGAUUUCCCUUUCUCUUCUGAAAGGCUUAAACCUAACGCCGUGACAAAGCAUUUAAUAUGGCAAUUUCAGUAUUUGUUCGCUGGAAUAUUCUUUUCUUUUCUUUUAAGUCCAUGAAAAUAUAUGGCAUGCAGUUCAGAAUAGAUAAAGUUUGUCUUGAACCAGUAUUAUAAGCUAUUAUGUUACUAGACCACGAGCAGUGCCCAUUUUUCGUCAGUGAUAGUAGAGCAAGCGAAACGCGAGCGCGCGUGAAAAUCACUCCACGCGAGAAAGGUGAGACGCGGCUGAGAGAGAGUUCACGCGCGCUCGCGUUUCGCUCGGUCUACUAUCCCUGAGGGAAAAUGGGGACUGCUCGUAGUCUAUUAUGUUACUGCAUAAUUUAGUUUGUUACAGGGGAUAAUUAAUCGACCAAAACAUUCUUUCACUGAGAGAUCACGAGAGUGGCAUAAAUUAUCCCUUAGUUGCAGAAAUACACGAUCGUCACAAACGCAACGCCUUUUUACAUUUGUUCUUUAGUUUGCAGUCACUCUAGUAAUCAUCUCUCCUGUAUUUUUCCCUUCAAUUUGACCGCUACUCAUUGGACCGGACGUACCGUGUAACAGGGUUCCCUCAGUCCCCUUCUGCAGGAAGGCCAGGUCCAACAGGCAAACACGGACCAGCCGGCCCCCAGGGACCACAAGGACCAAGUGGACCUCAAGGAGAUCAGGGGCCUUCUGGACCUAGAGGCGAUCAAGGCCCUCAAGGACCCAAGGGCGAUCCUGGUCAAUCCAUCUCAGCUCCUUCAAUUUUGUCACCUCCGAUGUCCAUGGUGGUGAACGAAACUGGUAUAGCCUCAUUGCAGUGUGAGGUUAAAGGAAAUCCAGUGCCUCAGAUCACGUGGUUGAAAGAAAAUUCCAGUCUUCCCGCGGACAAACGAAUCAUGCAAUCACGUGGUGGCCUUGUGAUAGGAGAAGUGAUGUCACAAGAUGGAGGAGUGUACUCGUGUAGGGCAAAAAAUAUUCUUGGAGUCGUGACCGCAUCAGCCACAUUGACUGUUCAAGGUAAUUUCCUAUUAAUUUUCCAUUGUAGUCUUAAUUCACCGUAACGCGUUCACCGUCAUUUUCCCUUGCUAUCAUACAUCUAAUCAAGCUGAAUACUGUUACAUUCUUAACAAAGAUACAUAUUUAUCGAAGCUUCUGAUUAACUUAGAAGCUCUAUCUAAGAUAUAUAUACAGGCGAGACUGUUUAUAUGCACGAAAGUCUUGGCCGAUACCACUAACAUCCCAGAGAGGUUUAGGAAUAUCUUACGACAAAAUUGAAUCAUGGGAACAAUGCAAAUAAGACUAUAUGGCUUGCAUCAUAUUUCCGCAGUCGUCUUCAAGAUAUAUUUCUUUUUAAGCACUUACUUUAUAAGUUUGUCUUUAGAUAUCGGCAGCCGUGUCGAGUUUGCAGUUAAACAAAGAACAAAGUUUCUAAGCCAACAAGAUUCUCUCUUCUUGAGAGAUGAUAGAAUGUAUUGAGAGUCUAAACUCUAGUUUUUAGUACUUAGCAACUUAGCUAGUCAGAGUCGUAGUCGGGGUGGUGAACACCUUAUGACCUAAAGUCAAUCGAAAACUCGGAGUUGUAGGCGGAGUCAUUGUAAGUCCAACGGAAUUGCGAUUGCAAAAAUCAGAAUAUAUGUUUCCAUUUUAUUAUUUCUCGUCGCACGUAUUAUGAUUCCGUACAACCUCAUUCUCAGUGUCCUCUUUUUCGCAUCCCUACGGAGCGAGUGGAGAGGAGAGGAAAGACUCCGUCAGGUGCACACUGUUUCAUGGCCACACUUUCCACUCACCAGGUUAUGUUCAGUAGAGACAAAUCUCGCACUGAUCUGCCCCUCCCCCAAAUCAUUUACUUGUAAUCUCCAGAUUCUGGAGACUCCGUAGGGACCGUUAGUAGAGAAUCCUGGGAAGGAGGUUGGACUCCGUCGAGUUAGGAUUUUCUGAAAACAAGUCCCAAGCAGAGACGUAAAAAGAAACCUUUCCCAAUGCUACAACAACAACAACAACAACACCAACAAUAACUUUAUUGGGGUUUUCAAGAUCUCGAAAUCGACGGAGUUGCAAGCGAAAUUGGAGCGCUCUUUCUAUUACAUUAUUACAUUGCAAUUUUGAUUACAACUCUAACUUCGAUUCUGUCACAAAUGAAAUCCAGCCCUAAAAGAUAACUAUAGGCUCCACUUCUUAAGGGUGCGGUUGCUUUACACUGGCCGAAAAAUCAAACACCGAACACAAAAAAAAUAGGUCAAGUACUUGAAAGUAAUUGAUUAAGUGGAAAUUCCUCAAGGGUGAUUAACGUUUGUUGGCAAGCACUUUUCUUUUGUGUCUGUUAUUUUCAGUUGCGGCCUUGAUCCGACAAAAGCCUUCCUCAGUGAUCGUUGAAGAAGGAGAAAACGUGAACCUAGAAUGCAAAGCUUCUGGUCUGCCGAUGCCAACGGUGACGUGGCGAAAAGCAUUUGGUCACUUGCCAAGAGGAAAGACUACGGUGAUCGAUGGAAACAUGACUAUACUAAGGGUAACUAAAGAGGAUAGAGGGACUUACGUAUGCACAGUAAAGAAUCUCCUUGGAGAAAAAUCCGCUUUCUCCGUAGUAACAGUGAUUGACAGGCUCAGAUUUACAAUUACCCCUCCCAUUAAGGUUGUCGCAUUCCAGUCUACCAGCCUGAUUCUAAAUUGCAAAGCCCAGGGAGCCCUAGAAAUUACCUGGAAACGGGCCAACAAAAAUCCUCCUCAAAACCACACCAUUUUUUCAAACGGAACUUUGUUUGUCAAGAAGGUGACCACAAAUGACGCUGGAUCCUACACAUGUGUAGCGAAAAAUUAUCAACGGACAAUAACUGCGUCAUCUACUGUUGAAGUGCUCAAACGCGUGUCCUGUAGUAGUAUAAAAUCAGGCCGCAGUGGAAGUUCCUCAGGUAAUUAUAUUAUUGACCCUGAUGGCAAAGGAGGCGUGGCUCCGUUCAGUGUGUAUUGUGAUAUGAGUGACAAGGGUGGAGUUGGCGUGACAGUCAUAAGUCACGACAGCGAGAGACGAACAUAUGUCGGUAACAUCCCUGGAUGUGAGUGGAAUAAACCUGGGUGUUACAGAAAAGAUGUAACUUACAAUGGAGUCAACAUAGCUCAGCUAUCAGCCCUAACUAGAAUUUCACGGAACUGUGAACAGUUUAUCAAAUUUGAGUGCUACAAUGAUGUAUCCUUUGUACAGGAGUCGGUUGCCUGGUGGGUGUCACGUGAUGGAAGGAAGAUGAACUACUGGGGAGGAGCUGGUGGAUCAGCCAACAUGUGCGCAUGCGGAGUGACAAAUUCUUGCUCAAGUGGAAAAAAGUGUAAUUGUCCCGGCCGUUACGGUAGGUGGAAAGAAGAUAGUGGUUUACUGACGGACAAGUCUGCAUUGCCUGUGUCACAGAUCAGAUUGGCGGACCUGGAUGAUUCAGGUGAAGAAGGAUAUCAUACAUUAGGAAAACUCAAGUGUUAUGGCCUGGCAUAA